UCCUUUGUCAAAAGGCGGAGGACAGACCAAAGAGUGCACCCAGCAGGCUUCCAGCACAGCCUGCCAGCAAAGCCCAAGCUCGCUGAACCGUGAUUUCAUUUUGAGCAGGAUCAAGACUUUAGUUAGUCUAUAGCUUGUCAUUUACGGUAAGCUGUGCCAUCGAUGGGGAUAAUAAAGAGGAGUUAAAAUCAAGAGAGCAGGAAAAGACAGUCGCUGCUUGACAACUCCUGAAGGAAGACACAACCCGCAGGACGAGAAAAAAAAAACACACCAAGGUAACCAUGCAAGCAGGAGGAUUCCAAUGGAGAAAUGCUGUCCUGUGUAUACUGGCUCUGUCAGGAGCGUUGGAGGUGCAGGGCUGUCGGAUUGGCACAGGGUCAGAGUGUGAGAAAGCUCCUUUUGUUCCGGGUCACAACCUGGCAGGGGAGGGUUUUGAUGUGGUGAGGAUGCGUCGAACGGGAGCGUAUGUCAUCAAUGUCAAAGCUCAUCUGGCUGACAACCGCUCCUGUACACUGUGUCCAAACCGCUUCCAAGACGGCCAGAUUCAGAGGCUCCCAGCAGCAGUGCUCGACUGGCGGCCCUUCAGCCGCUGCAGUAAGCAGCUUUCCAGCGCCCUCCACCACUCCGUGGACUCCCUGCUGCGCAGCUCCAACUCUCUGGUUAACAAUAACUGGGGUUUGGGUCUGAGCCUGGAUCAAAUUGGCAAAGCAGUGCUGGGAGGAAGCCGCUCAGAUUUGGCAAAGUUUGCUCGUUCGCAGCACAGCGUGGAUAAAGCCACUUUUGCCAUUCAUGAAAUCAGUUGCACCUACUACAGCUACAGGCUGGCUGAUUAUCCCCAGCUGAGUGCAGAGUUCACGAAGCAUCUGAAGAGACUGCCGCAGAGUUUGAAUACAACCCAGAGCAAAGCCCUAUACAGACGACUUAUAGACACCUAUGGAACACAUUACAUACACCAGGUCCAGCUUGGGGGUAAGGUGAGGAGAGUCACCGCCUUCAGGACCUGUCUGGCCACACUGAAGGGCUUCUCAGAGUCGGAGAUUAAAACCUGCCUGAACGUUGAACUCCGCAUGGCUCUGGGUUUCCUCCCUUCCAACGCAACCUUCUCCAACAAGUGUGACAACCUCCUGAAGGGCAACAUGAGCAUGGGCUUCUACCAAGGCUUCAUGACCCACAAGAUCGAGGUUAUCGGAGGGGAGAGGUACUUCCCCGACAUCCUCUACCAGGAGGAUCCACAAGAAGCGUACCAAAGCUGGAUGAACAGCCUCCACGACAAUCCCGACGUGGUCUCUUACGCCAUCUUCCCUCUGCAUCACUUAGUGGAGGACUUGCAGAUCAGCGCUAACCUGAGAAGCACCGUCACACAGUACAUCAAGGAGAACCAGCUGCAAGAGGACCAGGCUGGUUUCAAGAACUGCUCCCCGACUCCCAACCUGGACCAUAACUGCUGUCCUUUAAGGGCUGGCAGAGGAAGUCUCACAUUAGUGAUCCACAGAGCUGCGGGUCUGAGGGCCGACACCUUCACGAAGACCGACGCCUACGUGAAGAUCUUCUACAGCGGCAUGUAUGAGGAGACCGACACGGUGAUGGACAACAAUGACCCGGUGUGGAACGCCACUUACGACUUUGGCUCAGUGGAACUGGGUCAGGAGAUGAGGUUUGAAGUCUGGGAUAGAGACGUGCUUUAUAACGAUGUCGCCGGGAGAUGCGUUGUGUUUCCCGAGAGAGGAACUCAUUCUCUAAGCUGUCAGCUGCGCAAAGGAGUUCUCUAUUUCACCUACACCAUCAAAUGUGAUGCUCAUUUGACAGGGUUCAGGUGUGGACGAUACUCGCCCAAUGCUGAGUAGAGCAUCAGAUGACAGCAUGUUGUUGUAGAUUUAAGGAUCUUUGUGACACUCAACGUUUUUAAGUGUCUUUUUUUUUUUUUUUUUUUAAAGACCUUGUAAACUGCUUUCUUGCAUGGACACCAAACAAACCGUCUUUAAAUUUUCUCACAUACCCCUUGAUAACAUAAAUGAACAAAACUAAUAUAUAUAUAUGUAGUUGGCAAUUAUCCGUCACGUAAAUGUCUUGUGAUCCUGCCGUAUUAACCAACCAAUGUCAUGUUGUACAUUUGUCAUGCAAAAGAAUUAGAAUAAAGAAAUUGUGAUUCGGGACACCAUCA